CGUCGUCGUCGCAAGGUCAUCUUGAUCAAAUUCACGAAUCUCCCCGAGAGCUAGAGAAGAGGAAUGAUGCAAUUUGUGAUUUAUAGGAAGAAGAAAUAACACCUAUUAGAUGCUUAAAAAUAAGCAAAAUAAACAAGUUCCAUGUUUUCUGCUCGAAUUUUACGCAAGCGCUGGUUCUUAGGUGUUAUUUUCUUCCUGUCACUUCUGUAUUUCAUGAGCAAUACUUUAACUCAGAAUCCAAUUUCAUUUGUAGAAGAGAACACAAAUAUUUCACCUUCAAGACCACCAUUUCAGUGGAAGGCUGAGUUUGAACCAAAGAAUCAUACGUACACAAACAAAUGUAGAAACUCUCUACAAGGAAAACAUGUUGUUGUUGACGAAAAAGGCUGUGUUUGCCCUCGUAUAAGCCUCUUACCAAAUGGUUGUUGCAAUCAAGAACGUGAGGAUGCGUUUCUCCACACAUGCGAAACAUGUAAUGAACACGGCUGCUGUAGUGUAUAUGAAAAUUGUGUUUCUUGCUGUUUAAGGCCAGAUAAGCAAAUUGUGUUACAAGGUGUAUUGGGCAAAGCAGGCAAAGCUUUUGGUAUACUAUUUUCGUCUGUAUAUGAUCAUUAUGAACUUUGCUUGACCAAAUGUAGGACAUCCUCUUUAAGUGUACAGCAUGAAAAUACCUAUCGUGACCCAGAAAUGAAGCAUUGCUAUGGUGAUGACCUACCGGCUCCACAAGGAUCAAACUGAGUAAUAAUGAAUACUCUGUUUUGUGUGUCUUUUCCUACCACCUCAUUUUCCAUUCCUUUUUAAUAUUUGUAUUUUCAUCCUGUUCUUUCACCACAUUUGUAUUGAAAAGUUUUCUUAGUUAUUUAUUCCAUAUUUUGAUAUUUUCUUGUUUUACUUUACAAAUUAUUAUUUUUCACUCACCAGUCUCUUUUGAAUUCCAUUAUACUAAUAAAGUAUACAGAUUUGACAAAAAACAUCAAAAGUUAAUUGUGUUAAUGUUUCCUAACAUGCAGCAUAUGUUACCCUGAAAAUUAAAGUAAUACCAAUACCACGACUUGUUAAGUAUAAAAGGACUGUCUCCUAAUAACUUUAUUUAUGAUUUGACAAAGGUCUAUUUUUUUACAUCAUUAGUCCCAUAUUUUUAAAAAUCAUUUUCAAGUGCUGAAGCUCUGUCCACACUAUCAAAUUCUCUUUGACAGAAAACUGUUGUAUGCCCAUAUAUAGUCAUGUUGUGCCUAUAUAUGGUCAUGAUGUGAUGUCAUCAUGACCAUAUUUAGGCAUGUCACCUGUUUUUGUCAAACAAAAUUUGAUAGUCUGGACAGGACUUAAUGCUAGCAAGCUCCUUUAGUUAUAAGUGAGUCAAUCGCAGCAUGUACAGCUUUAGAAUAUUUUCAUUUUAUACAAUAAGCCAGUUAGAGGUCAAUAUCAAGGACUAUCAACAUAAACACCAGACGCAUAACAUAUGUUUAUGUCGGUUGACUUCGAUUAACCUUGGAUACGAUCAUGUGCAGCUCCAACCACGAAUUGCCUUAUUCAAACAGACAUAGGAUGAUGUGUAAAUUCUCCCUAAUAUAACCACCUCAAUAUUGUUUCAUGAGCUUCACUGGUCAGCCACCUCAUGGCAUGCUUUUUAAUUGAUGAAAUAGUAAAACCAUGAAACCAUUGUUAAGGUAUUACAUUGAUUAAUUAAAUCUUGAAAAGUGGCCUUUUCAAAUAUUAUAAGUUUUUUGGGCUUCUCGGGUCUAAAAAGACUACUAACCCUAGAUUUUCAGAUUUUGUGUUUGUCAGUGUUGGGCAAUAACAGUUUUUUUGGCCUUGCGAUACUUAUCGUAUGUAUAUAAUCAUAACGUGUGUAUAUUUCAAAUAAGUUAGCCACUUGUACAUAUUGUUAUGAUAGAAGUGUCUACAAAGAUACUUUACAAUUAAAAUUAGGACAGACUGAGUGAUGCUAUAAGGUUGAAUAUGUGUGGAAUGAUUGAAUACAUUAUUAAAGGGGAAUGUGUAUGGGAAGUGUGUCUGUGUUGAAUGAAGAAUAAUAUAGUAUAUCAUGAAAUUUUGAUUAUGUAAAUAUUUUCGAUGUAUGCAAUUUUUUUGGGGAAUAAAUUAAUUUCCUCUGAAUGUUGGUGCAUUAAAGGUAGUGGAUGGAAGAAUAUGCAUCUUUAUACAUAACUGGAUAUGUUUUUUUGUUGUUGAAGAAAUUUAUUUUAUUUUUAUGAUAUAGCAAAAAAAUUAUUUUUUAACCAGAACCAACAUUCAAGGUCCAAUUUUUCUUCUGUGAUCAGAUUUUGCUAAUCCCUUUGAUUUGUCCAAAGUGCAAUAAACAUGAUGUUCAUUUUUAACUAGUUUUGUAUCAUUAAAAAGCACAAGUAUCGGUGCAUAUUAAGUUACAAAAAAAAUUCCUUUAUAUAUUUGUUUAAAAUUUGUAAUAAAUAAAUAUGUUAGUCUUCUUGUAGAAAUGAAGCAUAUCUACAGAAAGGAGGCUUGCGACAGGGCUGAAAAAUUGGACUUGUUCAAUUUUUUACUAGACUAUGCUACACGAUUUAAUGUGGCGCUAAACAUAGUCAUAUUGUGUUUCAAAAACCUGUUGCAUGUCAACAAAUAUUUUGAUCAAACUGACUGAGCAUGCAGGCUGUAACACAAACUGCGAAGAUAUGUGUGUAAUAACCAUUGUGUAAAUGGAUUGUACUGCGUGACAGAAGGUUUUGGUAGUAGUAUACUGCUGUUACACGUUGUAUAAAUAGGAUUUACGACAGUGUUACUAAUUAAUAAAGUGUAUGCUCCCCCUUAGUAUUCAACUCCUGUUGUUGGCCAAAGCAAUUUUGAUACUAUCGCAAUUAUGUAGCCUUGAUUACUAUAGAAGGUGUUAUUGCACGUGGACGAUUGUACAAUUGUAUUAUACAUUGACAAUAAUAUGUAGUAGAAUGAAUAAGUUUUAAUUCUGAUUUUUAGCAAUUUUAUGUAUAAAGUUAUGAAGUCAUUGAAAAAGAAGACCUUCUUGAAGUAGGAAUGAAUGAUGAUGCAUUUGUAUAAAGUAAUUAGUGAAAACAGGUCUCCCUUCAAUUAAAGACGUCUUUAGCAGCUUUUGUCUCUAAAUUAGAAUAAUAAAGAUAAAAGACAUUUGUUAAUUUGGGACCACAGAAACGUCUUUAAUUAGAGGGAGCCUGUAGUUUAAUAUGAAUCAUAAUGAUUUUAUUCCUAUUUUGCAUUUUAAGGUGUCUGAAGAAAAUCAAUAAAACAAGACAAUUUGUAUAAA